CAGAUCAACCUCUCUACGGUUAGGUCAAUCUAAAAUGGCAGAAGUUGUGGAGCUACAGAAACUGAAGCUAGCUGAGCUGAAGCAGGAGUGUGCUGCCAGGGGCCUCAAUGUUAAGGGGAACAAAGCCGAGCUCAUUGGCAGGCUUCAGCUGUACCUGGAGGAGCACGGCGAGGAGCACGAGGAGGAUGUAAAUGAAGAGGAGGUCUUGGGAGAAGAGACUGAGGAGUUACCCAAAACAGAGGGUGCUAUCGGACAGGAGCCAACCCAAGGACAGGACGGUGAGCCAGAAGGGACAGCUGACAAGAAGGUUGUUAAAAUAAGCCCUCCAAUAUCGUUGGAUGAGAGGUUACAGAAACGUGCAGAAAGGUUCAAUGUGGCGCCCUCUGCUGACAGCAAGAAGGCAAUGCGUGCUGCCAGGUUUGGUUUGCCAGUUGUUGCACCAGUUUCCUCCCAAGGUGAUUCUGCGGACAGUAAAGCCGCAGUCAACGUAGACCUGCUGAAAAAGAGAGCGGAGAGGUUUGGGAUGAAUGUGUCGUCCAUCUCCAAGAAGGUUGAAGAAGAUGAGAAACUGAAGAGGAGGAAGGAGAGGUUUGGGGUCGCAGCCACCACAACUCCGGCAGAAGGGGAGGACAGCGAGGCAAAAAAGCGGAAAAGAGCGGAGCGAUUUGGAAACGUAUGAAAUCGUUGAAAUCGACUUCAAAUGUACACCCCCUUUUUCUUCUUUUUUUUAUUUUUUUAUAAAGUUUUUCAUUGCAAACUAAUUUUCCCCUUAAAUGGCAACACCCUAGGAAAUUGGGGUGUUCGCUUCGGGACAUUUAAUUUAUGCAAUACUUUGUAAAUUAAAAUAUAUCCAAUUUUCCAAAAAAAAAUUUGUGCUGUACUUUUUGGCUAAAAAGUGCUGUGCUGGUUUAUCGCAUCUACAUACUACCCAACGUUCCCGAGCUUCUGAGAUUAGAUUAGCCACACUAAGGGUGGUGCGGCUGUUUGAGGUUUAAGCAGUGUCCCAUAUUCAUGGCCUCCUUUCUGUUCCGCUUAAAAUGUGAAAUAAGUGGCUGCAUUUAUGUGAAAUAUUCUCACAUUAACAGCAUCAUAAGUUACAAAAGAUUGCACAAACAAUACGGAUCUGUUAAUAAUGUUAUUUCUGACGCUUUCAUCCGCAGAGACUUGGUUGAUUAGACUAAGGAGGGGACAAUGCGGAGUCAAGGGCCUUGCUCAAGGGCCCAACAGCUGUGCGGGUCUUAUUGUGGCAACACUGGGGCUUGUACCACCAACCUUCCGGGUCCCAGUCAUGUACCUUAGCCACUAGCUCGUAUGCGGCCCAAUUUUUCAUUUUCAUUACGGACACCACCAGUGUUUGAGAGCCUUAUCUGUCCCCCUGCCAUGAUGGGCCCCUACCCUGAAACUGAGCCAGAUGUUGUUUGUUCCCCAAAACAACAGGAAUACUAAAGGCAAACUGUCCUUGCUUUUACUUCCCAGCUUUCACAACUAAUCAAGGCAGGAGUAAGCUAAUAAUUCCAUAUCCAAGCAAGAUAGGCUGCCAAUUAUAUAUCAUUAAUUCACCCAACAUAUCUGCACAGAACCCCAGAAGGGCACAAACUCUUAUGCACCUGUAUAACAUUCUGUACAGAUAAGUUUUUCAAAAAUAAUUCAAUGAAAGGUCCUAAAUUAACAUACAUUUUAUUAAUUUGGCAGGAUAGUUAAAAACUGAAUCAAAUCAAUAUUUUUUGUGACCACCCUUCGGUGUUAAAACUGCAUCACUUCUCUGAGAUAGCCAACGCUGUCCUGCAAUUCUAUAAGACAAUCAGGAAGGGAGGUUGUUCCAAGCAUGUUGGACAACUUGCCACAGUUCUUCUGCACUUUGGUUGGCUCCUUGCUUCUGAUCUCAUACAGCCUUGAUCAAGUUUUUAUGUAAAAAGUAGUCAAUUGCUUACAAUAAUAUGUAACUUAAAAAAUUAAAUACACAAAUGUCUCUGUAAAAUUAAAUCUUUUGGGAAAUGAA